AUGUCCAAGAGAAGGUUUAACCCUGGAUCAGAAGAGGAUAGAAUUCCUAUUGUUGAGAAACUAUACAGGGAAAACCAGCCUAGUUUUUAUGGUGAAGGAGGUUUUUUUGACGACGACGAUGAGGAUCAAGAGAGAAGAGAUCAAAUCAUAGAAUCUCGCCAAAAACGUCAUGACGCCGCUCAUGCUUCAUCCGAAGUCCCGGAUAAUUGCUCACUUUGUCAGAAAGCGUUGUUAGACUCCUGGCUUUGGGAACGUUACAAUCAUCCUGUAUGCGACACCUGCAGAGAUGACAAAGGUGCACACCAACUGAUUCCUAGAACUGAAGUCAAGAAAGAAUUUCUCUUAAAAGAUUGUGAUUUGGAUCAGAGAAAGCCUAUCCUCCGCUUCUACUCGAAGAAAAAUCCUCAUAACCCAAGAUAUGGCGAUAUGAAAUUAUAUUUAAGAUUACAAGUUAUUGAGCGAAUGCUGGACGUGUUUGGAUCAUGGGAAAACUUCGAGAAGGAGAAGGAAUUGAGAGAACAAGUGAAAGAGACAAAAGCCGAGAAAAACUUUGAGAAAAAAGUCAAAGAGAUGAGGCAGCAGAUACGAGGAAUUAGCGGUGCGAAGGUUAAAUUUAUCGAAAGUCAUGAGCACACGUAUGGUCCUGAGUCGUACAAUGAAGAAGAUGAUAUCUAUUCCAAGGAAUGUGUUGAUUGUGGUUUCAUAUUAACAUUUGAGAAAAUGUGA